CCCCACAGAUCACACCCACCAGAUCUACCUCCACUUCCUGUAAACAAAGCUCGUCUCUUUAAGUCGUUGCUGCUGCUGUUUCUGUUCGGGAAAAUGGCUCAAGCUGGACUCUUCCUCGACCAAGACCAAUUUAACUGUUCGAUAUGUCUGGAUGUGCUGAGGGAUCCUGUGACCAUCCCGUGCGGACACAGCUACUGUUUGGUCUGUAUUAAAGGCUACUGGGACCAGGACGACUAUAUGGGUGUUUACGGUUGUCCGCAGUGCCGCCAGAGCUUCAACCCGAGGCCUCUACUCGGCAGAAACACCAUGCUAGCCGAGGUGGUGGACAAGUUCAAGAAGACUGGACUCCAAGCUGCUCCCCCGCCACAGUGCCACGCAGGACCGGGGGACGUGGAAUGUGACGUGUGCACCGGGAGGAAGAACCGAGCCGUCAAGUCCUGUCUGGUGUGUCUGGCCUCCUACUGCGACACACACCUCCUGCCUCACUACGAAUCAGCUGCUUUUAAGAAACACAAGCUGGUCCAGGCCUCCAAGAAACUACAGGAGACGAUCUGUCCCCACCACGACAAGCUGCUUGAGGUGUAUUGUCGGACCGACCAGCAGUGUAUAUGCUACCUGUGCAUGACGGCGGAGCAUAAGGGUCAUGACACAGUCCUGGCGGAGACUGAGAUCCAGCAAAAACAGAGCCAGCUGGGGGAGCUGAAGAGGGGGUUUCAGCAGAGGAUCCAGGAGAGGGAGAAGGACGUGCAGGAACUGAGACAGGCCAUCAGCGCUCUCACUCGCUCAGCGCGGUCGGCCGUGGAGGACAGUGAGAGGGUGUUUACAGAGCUGAUCCGCUCCAUGGAGCUGAAGAGGUUCGAGGUGAGGGAGCUGAUCAGAGCCCAGGAGAAGACUGCUGUCAGCCAAGCCGAAGGACUGCUGGCCAAACUGGAGCAGGAGAUGUCUGAGCUGAGGAGGAGAGACGCUGAGCUGGAGCAGCUGUCACACACUGAGGACCACAUCUUCUUCCUCCAGAGCUGUCAGUCUCUGAACUCCUCUCCUGUGAUUGGAGGCCUGCCAUCCGUGACCUUCGACCCCAACUUCACCUUUAACAUGGUGAUGUCAUCAGUAGCUGACUUCAGAGGGCUCCUGGAGGAGGUGUGUCAGGGGAGCUUCAUCAGCAUCUACGAGAAAGUGAGAGAGGUGUCUAUAGUAGAGUCUCCAGAACCCCCCAGCUGCUUCCAGACUGAUCCAACACAACCAACAGCAUUGGUGGCUCCUCCCCCAGCUACGGCUGCAGUAGAGCAGAGCUCGAGCGGGGGGGGUCUCAACCCCUUCCUCAGCCCCGGAGCUGCAGUCCCCACAUUCGGGGGCUUCGCGUUCUCACCCUUCGGUUCUCCGAGAGUUAUGCUGAGUAACUCUUCUGUCGUCUCAGGAUCCAAGCUCUCCUCCAACGGCUCCAGACAGAGGAUGAUGCAGCGCAAGUCACACCCACGCAGGAAGCUGUAACUCAGGCAGAGAGAAGGGAUCUGCAGAGGAGAGUGAGAGGGGAGACCAAAGCAGAGGGUGUGACUGUGUUGACUGGAAGACCGAUGGGAGAGGACCAGACCUCUCUCUGUCAGACAUAAUGUAUUCACCUGAUCAAUCAGUGCCUGUUACUUUCAACACAUACAGUGAUACAGUAUUACCUUUUUAAAGACAUAAUUUACACACAAACAUUCAGAGAUCUGUAAUCAUAAUAAAUCAGUCUGUAAUGAAUGCUUUUAACAGUGACAGGAUGAAAUACAAACACAUUUGCUUUUAAA